ACAGGGGGGCGUGUGUUUGGGGACGUGUUUGCAGCCCAGCGGGUGGAUCAUUGCCAGGUCCCGCUCCUCCUAAUCGCAAAAUAUGCUGCUCCCAGCCCAGGUGCUCGGCAAGUAAGCAGACUUUUUCUGCAGGCAGGAGCUCGGAAACCUGUAGCACCCAAGGCUGCCUCGGCAGCAACGGGGAGAAGAAAGAGCCUUCCAGCGUCAGUAACCACUCCCCAAAGAGAAAGUCAUUAGGGGGUGGAGAGUCAGCGCUAGGUGCGAGGGAAGCUGCUAUUGGUACGCAAGGAAUAAACACCAGCCCCCGGGAGCAGCAGCCCCCCGAGCGCAGGAGGCAGCCAGGCAGAGCGAGCGGCGGCCCGGAGCAGCAGCAUCCCGGUCCUGCCCGAACCACGUCCCUUCUCGCGGCAACUCUGAGCGCCCCCCGCCACCUCCCUCCGGGCACCGCCAUGGACUCCCCACAGAAGCCGCCCCUCGCUCACCUCUUCAAAGGGACCUUCGUGCACGCCAGCCGCUCCUCGCCCAUGGACGUGCUGCACGGCCACCUGCUGGGCGUGGGCGACGACGGGAGAAUUAUGUUUUUGGAGCAAGCAGAUCAGCAAGAGCAACUAGCAAAGAAGUGGGGCUUCAAAGCAUCUGAUGUAAGAGAGCUUAGUAAUCAUGAAUUCUUCAUGCCGGGAAUGGUUGAUACACAUAUCCAUGCAUCUCAGUAUGCAUUUGCUGGAACAAGAGUAGAUCUACCUCUUUUGGAAUGGUUAAACACAUAUACAUUUCCAACAGAAGUCAAAUACAAAGAUAAUGAUUUUGCUGAAGAAGUAUACACCAGAGUUGUAAGAAGAACGCUAAAGAAUGGCACGACUACAGCAUGCUACUUUGCAACAAUUCACAGAGCUGCUUCUUUGCUACUUGCUGAAAUUAUAGAUAAAUUUGGUCAGCGAGCAUUUGUUGGAAAAGUUUGCAUGGAUAUCAAUGAAGUUGUUCCAGAAUACAAGGAAACCACUGAUGAAUCUGUCGAGGAGACAGAAAGGUUUGUUAAAGAACUACUGGAAAAGAAAUAUCAAAAGGUACAACCCAUAGUGACGCCUCGUUUUGGACCUUCCUGCACUGAGAAUUUGCUAAGUAGACUUGGUGACUUUGCGAAGGCUCAUGAUAUCCACGUGCAGAGUCAUAUAAGCGAGAAUGAUGGAGAAAUCAAACUUGUGGAGCAAAUGUUUCCCGACUAUAAAGAUUAUACUGAUUUAUAUGAUAAAACCAAGCUACUUACAAGCAAGACUGUGAUGGCCCAUGGCUGUCAUCUCUCUGAUGAAGAGCUGAAACUUUUUAGUCUUCGAGGAGCUGCAAUUGCCCAUUGCCCCAAUUCAAACUUUUCGUUGUGCAGUGGCAUUUUAAACGUACAAAAUGUUCUGAAGCACAAUGUGAAGCUUGGUCUUGGCACAGAUGUUGCUGGUGGGUAUUCAUCUUCUAUGCUUGAUGCUAUCAGGAGAUCAAUGUCUGCAUCUAAUACCCUUCUACUCAAUAAAGUGAACAAUGCAGCCUUAACUCUUAAAGAGGCUUUCAGACUAGCAACUCUUGGAGGGAGUCAAGUCCUAGGACUAGAUGAUGUGAUUGGAAACUUUGAAGUUGGCAAAGAAUUUGAUGCACUGCUGAUCAACCCCAAGGCUUCAGACAGUCCUUUUGACUUGUUUGCUGGAGAUACUUUUGAGGAUAUUAUCCAGAAGUUCCUGUAUCUAGGUGAUGAUCGGAAUAUUAAUGAAGUAUAUGUGGCAGGCAAGCAAGUGGUUCCUUUUUCAAGUUCAGUAUAACUUCAUUUCCGUUCUGCAAAUCAUUCUAUGGAUCAUUCUGCAUCUAAGUUUGAAGGGAUUGGUUAAAUGCAGUGCCUCAUUGUCAAGAGAGACACCUCAGUUUCUUUGUUUAAUGCUAUGACUUUGAAAAAUGAUUAUGAGCCUUGUUAGAUUACAAUUUACCUUACCAACAUGAUCACAUUUAUAUAAGAAAAAAGGCUUUUACGUCCAUCUUUACAAGUCACAUCCAUGAACAGUGGGGUGUGGGGGGUGGGCAGAAGAGAAAGCAGGGGCAGCUAGAUUAAAGCCAGUGCAGUAUACCUACUCUACCAGAGGUUUCAAAUGAAAACCGUGCAGCUGUCUGGAGCUCAUGGAUUGCCAGAGCCAAAUGGAAUUCAAACCUUGCAUGUUUUUAGUUCUGUUCUAAGCCUAGAACCUCUGGGCCUGAUUCUCUUCACACACAGCAAUUUAUACCAGUUAACUGAAUUGACUUCAGUGGGAUUACUCCUGACUUAAACUGGUGACAGAUCAGACUCAGGCCCAAUGAUUUUUGCAAUCAGAAAUUUUCUUUUGGUAAAGAAAAUACAUAUUUUUUUUUAAGACCAGAAAGGGAAAGUUCUCCCACCCCAACAGUCAUAACUUCCAAAUUAUCAAGACGUUGUGUAUAAAAAGCUUUUCCUUUUUUAUGAGAGUGGCUAAAAACAGAGGAUCCAUAAAUAUUCCCUGUGCGUUCACAAUAUUUGUAAUUCCUGUAGAAUAUAGUUUUGAACGGAGAUGGAUUUUUAAUAGCAAAACCAGAGCAGUCUAAAUGUAUAGGAUUUACUUGUUUCUGCAAGUGCUUGUCAGGAACCAUUAUUUGUGUUUGAGCACAGAGGCAGGUGCAAUCCCAGUCUGGUUCGCUUCCAGUUUAAUGCUGCCCUUUAAUCUUUGAAAAGGUCUGAGAGAUUAAACUCUUCCCUUGAAGAGCACAUUUCCCUAUGUUUUAGCUCUGCCAUUUUGCCUCUGGGGUUAGGCAGUUGGUUUACCUUCUGAUGGCCUAAUGCCUCUUUUUCAUGAUUGCUCUGGAACACAGUGGAAGUGCCCUUGAAUGUAAAUACCCUCAGAGACCUUUCCUCUAGGCCAGUUCUACAAUAGGAAAUUAGGUCAGUAUAACUGUAUGUUGUUCAGGGAUUUGAAAAAUCCACACCCCUGAGUGACGACCUAACCCCAGGCAUAGACUGCGCUAGGUCGACCGGAGAAUUCUCCUGUGGAUGUAGCUACUACUUCUCAGGGAGGUGGAGUACCUAUGCGGAUGGGAGAAGCCUCCCAUUGGUGUAGGUCAGUGGUGGGCAACAUGCGGCCUGUGAGCCACAUGCAGCCUGUCAGGGUAAUCCACUGGCGGGCCACCAGACCGUUUGUUUACGUUUGCAUGGCCGCCUGCAGCUCCCAGUAACCGCGGCUCGCCAUUCUUGGCCAACGGGAGCUGUGGUAAGCAGCAGCCUGCAGGCCACAGGUUGCCCACCACAGCUCCAAAGGAUCCCUAAAAAUCUGCAAGCCAAACACAGCAGAACAAUUUGGGGAAGAGUCACUGAGGAUCCCAUUGUGGAAUUUUACUCCUAUCCAAGGUUUUCUGUGAAAUUCUGCCAACCCCCCGCACCCUUUUAUUUAGGCAAUUUUGUGCAAAGACAAAUCAAAGCACCAAACCCCCCACAAAAAUACACCACAAACAAAAUAUGAGCUGGCCACAAGGCAUAAAGGGAAGAUACGAAACAGAACUAAGAACAAGGCCAGAUCCUCAGCUAGUGUAACUUGCCAUAGUACAAUGAGCUUCAGCUGAGUGUCUGGCCCAAAGACUACAAAUGGUGAGAGAACCUCUAAUGCACAUAUAACCAACUGCUUCCAGUUGUCUACCCAGACUCUGGAUGAAAUCUGUGAUGUUAUUUGUGUCUUUCAUUUAUGUUCAAUGGCGGCAUGCAAUUCAGAAAAAAAGAUGGGUUGUGGGAGGUUAGCUUGCUGGACCAGUAUGCUUAAUGUGCACUAUGUUAAGACCAGCACUUUUUUUUUAUUAUUAUUAUUUAUUAUAAAUGGAAUCUAUUUGAAAUUGUAUGUCUUUAUCUUACUGUGUCACUUAUUAAACUUCUGCUUUUAAUUAUUAAUGAAAUUGCUACUAAAUAUUGCCUAUGCUUUAUGCAGCAUUAUUUGAAUUAUUCAUGUGUAGCAAGUGGUGAUCUGCACUUUAAAAUGUUGCCUUGGCCUAAUGUUUAUAUUAUUCGGUGAUUUUUGCCAACAGAAGGCAUUGUAGACUGAAGAGAGAGAUUCUGUAUUUGUUCAUUUGUACUGAAUGUUUUCAUUGCUGGAGUGUAAUUUCUGCUAGUAAAGAAAGAAUUAAAAGAACCCUGUCAAGUA